AUGGCAAAGGUUUCAGUGAUAUGGGUAGGGCUUCUGCUCGUAUUUGGUUUGGCAGCCAUGGGAGAAGCGGCUUCUGAGAAGUACAAAGACCCAAAACAGCCCAUAAACAUUAGAAUCAGAGACCUUAUGAACCGAAUGACUCUAGCAGAGAAAAUAGGUCAGAUGGUGCAGCUGGAACGCGCCAAUGCCACUCCUGAGAUCAUGAAGGAUUUCUCAAUUGGCAGUUUACUGAGUGGUGGAGGGAGUGGGCCUGGAAUCCAAGCUACUGCAGAGGAUUGGAUCAACAUGGUGAAUGAGUUUCAAAAGGGUUCUCUGUCAAGCCGCCUUGGCAUCCCAAUGAUUUACGGUAUAGAUGCUGUUCAUGGGCACAACAAUGUGUACAACGCAACAAUAUUUCCCCACAAUGUUGGUCUUGGGGCUACCAGGGAUCCUGAACUUGUGAAGAGGAUUGGUGCUGCAACCGCCAUUGAAGUUAGAGCCACAGGCAUUUCUUAUGCAUUUGCUCCAUGUAUUGCGGUGUGCAGAGAUCCAAGAUGGGGUCGGUGCUACGAGAGCUAUAGUGAGGAUCCCAAUAUUGUUCGAGCAAUGACAGAAAUCAUACCUGGGUUACAAGGCGAGAUCCCUGCCAACUCACGGAAGGGUGUUCCUUAUGUUAAUGGAAAGGAUAAGGUAGCAGCCUGUGCAAAACACUUUGUGGGUGAUGGUGGCACCACUAACGGCAUCAAUGAGAACAACACCGUUAUUGAUCGGCAUGGAUUGCUGAGCAUUCACAUGCCCGCCUAUUACUCCUCCAUCAUAAAGGGUGUGGCAACAGUCAUGGUUUCCUACUCCAGCUGGAAUGGGAAGAAGAUGCAUGCUAACCAUGAACUUGUUACUGGAUUCCUCAAAAACACCCUUCAAUUCAGGGGCUUCGUCAUCUCCGAUUGGCAGGGCAUUGACAGGAUCACCUCACCGCCCCAUGCAAACUACACAUACUCUGUCCAAGCCGGGGUUCAAGCUGGGAUUGACAUGGUCAUGCUUCCAUUUAACCACACCGAGUUCAUUGAUAUUCUGACCAACCUCGUGGAGAGCAAUGUCAUCCCCAUGAGCCGUAUUGAUGAUGCUGUCCGCAGGAUUUUGAGAGUCAAGUUCAGUAUGGGUUUGUUUGAGAACCCCUUGGCUGACCUCAGUUUUGUUGACCAGCUGGGAAGCCAGGCUCAUAGAGAUUUGGCUAGAGAAGCCGUUAGGAAGUCACUUGUUCUUUUGAAGAACGGAGAUGAGGCAGACGCUCCUUUGCUACCUCUCCCCAAGAAGGCAAACAAGAUCCUAGUUGCCGGAACCCAUGCCCACGAUUUGGGUUAUCAGUGUGGUGGCUGGACCAUAACUUGGCAGGGACUCAGCGGAAACAAUCACACCACAGGAACAACCAUCCUAAGCGCCAUCUCAGCUGCCGUUGACCCUAGCACAGAAAUCGUGUUUACCGAGAACCCUGAUGCCGAAUUUGUCAAGUCCAAUAACUUCUCCUACGCCGUUGUUGUCAUUGGAGAGCCCCCCUAUGCAGAGACUGCAGGGGAUAGUUUGAACUUAACCAUUUCUGAACCAGGUCCUAGCACGAUUACUAAUGUAUGUUCGGGGGUCAAGUGCGUGGUUGUAGUAAUCUCCGGCCGCCCUGUCGUCAUUCAGCCCUAUCUUUCAUCCAUCCAUGCUCUUGUUGCUGCAUGGCUGCCAGGUACUGAAGGCCAAGGUGUGACUGAUGUUCUUUUUGGGGACUAUGGAUUCACCGGCAAGCUUCCUCGCACCUGGUUCAAGACUGUAGACCAACUGCCAAUGAAUUCUGGGGAUCCUCACUAUGACCCGCUCUUCCCCAUCGGUUUUGGACUCACAACCCAGCCAAUUGUGGCAAGCUACUGA